AUGUUGGACAUCGCACACGCCAACGUCCUCAUUACGGGCGGCGCUAGCGGCAUCGGCAGGGGGCUCGCCGAGCGCCUGCUCCGCGCGGGUGCCAAGGUCCUGGGCCAGAAGGAAAUCGAUAUCCUGCUGGCCGGGCCGGUGCACCUGAACUCGAUGCUGUUGCCGACGAUGCUCGAGGGCCAGCACGCUGGCUUGAUCGUGAACGUCACGUCGGGCGGAGCGUACAUUCCGCAGCCGUUCGCGCCGCUGUAUGCGGCCUGCAAGGCGGCGCUACACAGUUAUACGGUCACGCUGCGCCAUGCGCUGCGCGAUGCUCCGAUCCGGGUCGUGGAGCUGAUUCCGCCGGCUGUCGCGACCGGAAUGGCGGGGCCGGGGAACAAUCAUGGCGCGCCUGUGGAUGAAUUUUGCGAUACCGUCUUUGCGCGUAUCGUGCAGGGCGACGCGGACGAAGUGGGGUACGGCGCAACAGAUUCGGAGCAGUUCAAGGCGGCGCAGCAAACUUAUAAAGAUAUGUUUACGACCUUUGCCCCGCGCUUUUCGACUGCGACCUAUGCGUCCCAGGGGAAGGAGACGCCUCAUGUUUUGUAA